UACUUUUGGGGAAAUGUUUAAAAAUAAAAUAAUCUUUCUAGUUGGAUAGAUAAAAAACAAAUAUCUCUUGAAAUGUAAUAAUUUUUUUUUUUUUUUGUCUGAGCAUUAGGGUUGUUCAAAGGUGUCAUUUUACUCAUUUGCUCGGUCGGUUCAAAGUUUUUUCAUCUUUUAUAUGAUAGAAGUUCCUUAUAAUUUUAUAAUUUAUAGCUUCACAAUAUGAUUAUGAGAACACAGUAUAAUGUGUAUAGUAGUAUACAACAAUAUACAUUUUUUGUUCUAUUUUAAACAAAAUUUGAUACUUUAAGUUUUUCAUUGUGUUAUGUGACAUUUUUUUAUGGUUUGUAAGAAUUAAAAUAUAAACAAAAAAGUUUGUUGUGAUGGAUCGUCCAGAGCUGUACGCCGAAGAAAAUGGCAUGCAACGUAGAGAUGCUAGUGAUGCCUUAAAUAACUAUUUAUCACGCAUGGUUUGGAAACCGAGAGAGGUAGUUUUAGAUGUAGGUUGUGGUCCUGGCGAUGUGACUUCAGAUAUUCUGUUCCCUGUAUUACAAGACAAAAUUGAAAAAUUGAUCGCCGUCGACAAAUCAAACGUCAUGAUCGAUUAUGCUAAAUCGACUUACGGUAAAGCCAAAAUGGAAUUUCAAAUUCUGGAUAUUGAAAAUUCCAUUAGUUGUGCCUAUCACACGCAACACUUUGACAAAAUAUUUUCAUUCUUUUGUUUUCAUUGGAUACAAAACAAAGAGAGAACUUUGCUGAAUUUGUAUUCAAUGUUGAAAAGUGGCGGGGAAGUAUUAAUUUUGUUUAUGCUGGUAAAUCCUAUGGUUCAUUUGUAUAAAUGUUUGGACGUCGAAUGGCAAAAAUAUGUCAAAGACAUCAAACAUUUGUCCUCAACGUAUUCAAAAGAAGAAGUGGAAGCUCUUUUCGUCAAUGCUGGAUUCAGAAUUAUUGAAAUUGAAUCAAACAUUAAAACGUAUACGUUCCAAGAUUUGUCUUCCGUUUUGAAUGCUGUGAAAGCUGUGGACGUUAUGUAUAAUGUGUUGCCGUCACAUUUGCACGACAAGUACACGUUGCACGUCAAGAGUAAAAUCUGCGAAGAACAAUUGGUAACUAUAUGUCCCAUUAGCAAAAUGACUACAAAAACGUAUUUGCCUAUCAUAGUACACGCCGUAAAAGAUUAAAAACAAUAAAACAAACGAUAAUAUCUACCAAAUUUUUGUUUUAUUAUAUCACGCAGAAAAUAAAUGUAAUAGAUUUAUUAUUGUUGUUAAAUUCUCGUGCGUACCUCUAAAUUGAUUAUGUUCAUAGAGUACUUUUUGAAUAUGAAUAACUUUUCUAACUUGUAUUAAUAUUAUUGUUAUUACUUAAGAUGAACCUUAAUGGACAA